GUUUCAGUUUCUGUUUGGUGAAGUCAACUGGCAAGGAGGCUGGAAAAGAAACCAGUAGCUGCUUAUAUAUGACACUCUACCCUUCAUCAGAGGCAGAGGAGAGUGGCAGCCUGAACUGAAACCUCUCUCGAGUGGCUGAGAACUGCUCCAUCAACCAUGAGCAAGGCCACUAAGAAAUCCUUGGAGAGCCGUCUACAUCAACUAAAAUGCCAUUUCACCUGGAACCUAUUAGAGGGAGAAAGUUCCUUGGAUGAGUUUGAGGACAGAGUUUUUAACCAGCAUGAGUUUCAGAAUAGUGAGUUUAAAGCCACAAUGUGCAACAUUUUGGCCUUCAUAAAGCACCACAGAGGCCAAAACGAGGCAGCUCUGGAAUACUUAGGACAAGCUGAAGAGUUCAUCCAGACAGAGCACGCUGCCCAGGCAGAAAUCCGAAGUUUGGUCACAUGGGGAAACUACGCCUGGGUCCAUUACCAUAUGGGCCAACUCUCAGAAGCUCAGACUUAUGUCGACAGGGUAAAAGAGGUCUGCACAAAGUUUUCCUGUCUUUAUAAAAUUGAGAGUCCUGAGCUUGACUGUGAGGAAGGGUGGACACUGCUAAAAUGUCCCCAAAAAAUCGAAAGGGCCAAAGCCUGUUUCCAGAAAGCUCUGGAAAAGAAGGCAAAACACCCAGAAUCCACCUCUGGAUGGGCCAUAGCGAGCUACCGUCUGGAUCGCUACCCACCAGCUCAGUUCCCAGUGCAUGCUCUGAGGCGAGCCAUUGAGUUGAAUCCUGGCAACCAGUACGUUAAAGUCCUCUUAGGUAUCGAACUCCAAAAUAUGAAUGAAGAUGAAGGACAGGAACUUGUUGAAGAAGCCAUAAAGAAAGCCCCAGGUGCCACGGAUGUGUUACUCAGAGCUGCAAAGUUUUAUCAAAGUCAAGGGGCCAUAGACAAAGAAAUAGGGCUACUUAGAAAGGCUUUAGAAUGCAUGCCAAAUAAUGCUUAUUUGCAUUAUCGUAUUGGCUGCUGUUAUAAGUCAGAAGUUCUCCAAAUGAAUACAAGAGAGAAGGCAAUGAAUAGAAAAAGAAGGAAGUUUCUGGAACUUACGGAAAAAGCUAUCCAUCAUUUAAGGAAAGCUGAAGAUCUCAAUGUGAAUUUUGUCCAUGUAGGUAGCUAUCUUGCUAGUAUUUAUGCAAAUGCAGGUCAGUACAAAGAAGCAGACUUUUACUUCCAAAAAGAAUUUAGCAAGGAACUUGCUCCUGUACCUAAACAACUGCUCCAUCUGCGCUAUGGCAAUUUUCAGCUGUAUCAAAUGAAACGUGAAGACAAAGCCAUCCAGCAGUUUAUAGAAGGUGUGAAAAUAAAACAGAAAUCAAAGGCAAAAGAAAAAAUGAAAAGCAAACUGCAAAAACUUGCUCAAACACGUCUUUCCAGAAAUGAAGCUGAUGUAGAAGCUCAGCACGUCUUGGCCUUUCUUCAGGAGUUAGAUGGAGAAGCAGAGCAAAUAGAUGAAGACUCUGAGAUAGUUGCAAACUCUGAAAGCCAUGCUCCUUCCACAUCAUUAGAUGAGAUGGAGAAUGAAGAUUAAGGACCUGAUGCCAUGAGCCACUUCCCAUCCAUAAGACUGGAUGGAAGUUGAAACCUUUCUACCAACUCAUGGUGCACAGUUUUUAACUGGAAUAAUAUAAACGUGUAUGAAGACAUAGGUCAUUUUAGUGGAUCAAUAUUAUGGGAGAAUCUUUUUGCCAGAUGUGAGCAUGUGAAUCGCUGGAUCAUGGGGCUUGCUGGGAGAAGUUCCACUUGGAGCAUUUACCAAGGGCUUAGUGAACAGACUGUUCCCACUUCUGUCUCUCAAAUGAAGUGACAUUCAUUACUCAUCUCUGACGGAAUGAUUGCUUAGACUUAUUUCUAUGUUUAUGUUUGUAUAAACCAGCUAGAUCUUUCACCUCUAUUUCUCCAUUCUUUGUAAUAUUUUUAAUUCAUUACUAGUCAUUCCUGCUUAGCCCUUUAUGCUCCAUGUUAAAAAAUCUGAGGGCCCAAAGCCUAGAUGGUACUUAGUAUAUCAUCAU